AUGCUCAAAGUGACAUUCUCCAUCAUUUCCUGUUACCUCAACGCAUUUGUGGCAGUUUUCUCGAAUUCCAUUUUAAUUUUCCUGAUUAUUACUAAAACACCUAGAAGUAUGGGCAACUAUAGGUUUUUGAUGCUCAUUUUUUCGAUUUUUGGAAUUAUUUUUGCAUUUAUCGAUGGUACAAACCAACCUAUGCUCCAUUUUUACAAUGGUGCAUAUGUAAUUUUCAGUAGAAAUGUGCUAGGGCUCCCUAGACAAAUAUCUUUUUGGUAUAUCGCUUUAAACUGUGCCUGCUACGGUAUGAUUAUGCUUCUGCUAGUUUAUCACUUUUUAUACCGAUUCCUGGCAGUUUGCCAUCCAACGCGGCUGAAAAUAUUUUCCUAUCCCUAUUUCUCAAUUUUAGUGUUAAUUUUCAUACUUAUAAGUGCUGGCUGGCUCAUCUUAGCAAUACACGUGGCGGGUGAAAAUCCAGUUGUCGACGAGCAUAUCAGAGAUACAAUGCUGAUUAAUUUUGACCUAACUAGAUUUGAUUACACCUAUGCUUCAUCAUUGUUUUAUAGAAAAAACCCUGUAACAAAGGAGGAAUACGCUAGCAUCCCGGAUUUUUUAUUUUUGCUCAACCUCGGCUUGAUUAUUGGGACAGGCUUCUCUAUUGUCAUAUACUGUUGGUUCAAGCUCCGGAAAGAGCUGCUCAAUUCUGCCGGCCAAAUCCAAAAUCUGUCACAAAGAACAUUGGAUAUGCAACGUCAACUCUUCCGAUCUCUAGUCGCCCAAACACUAUUCCCAGUGUUCCUAAUGUUCAUCCCGGCUGGAAUUCUAUUAUGUUUCCCGAUUUUCAAGACAAAUAUGGGACCAAUUGAAAUAAUCAUCCUGCCCCUUAUCACUACACAACCAUUUAUGGAUGCCCUAGUGCCAAUGUACUUUAUUAAGAUUUAUCGAAUGGCGAUUUUGAAGUUUUUCUGUAGAUCAAAGUAUGAUACUCGAGUACAUGGUGUCUUGAGUCUUGCUAUGGACAAUUCUGGGACUAGAGGAAAUUCUACAAAGAAUGUUUCAUUGAAAAUAUGA